CACAGGAAGCACUCUUCCUCAUCUGUACACGCUACCAGCUUGUGUUUUUCUGCAGCAAAGAGAAUAGAAAAGUUAGAUCCGGGAGAGUUGAAUCUCAAUCAGCAACUUUCACACAAACUUAACGUUUUUUUCUUUAUUUCUGUUGCAUCUAUUUUUUUUCUGUUUUGUCUUGCUCCUUUAUUCACACACACACACACACACACACACAUCAGCUGCCACUCUGCUUAUUGGGAAAGGAAGACCAGUGCAGAGCAGAACUGUUUCACACCUUUCGCCGCAGCUGCUCUCCCUGCCGUCUCCAGGAGCUUUGUUCAAGAUGUGGACUUUUCUAUUCGGGGUCACCUUUGGAUUACUGGCCUCCUGUAGUUUUGCUGAACUUGAAGUGACUUCUCGCUCUUGCAGCUAUGCAGGCGUUUUUCUGGCUGAAGGAAAAUCUCGCCACUCUCUAAGCUUCAAAGAUGCUCAGAAGAUGUGUGAACAGUUGGAGAGCUCCUUGGCAAGCAGACAGCAACUUGAGGUGGCUUAUAAUUUAACCAUGCAAACCUGCAGGUACGGUUGGAUUGACAAUCAGAGCAUUGCCAUCCUCCGACACAUGUCCCACGAAAACUGUGCAAAAAACAUGACAGGCUUCAUCAUUAAUUCCAAAGUGUCUCCUGAAGAGACGUACGACGUUUACUGCUAUGAUGAAAAAGUUGGGUCAGAUGAGCCUGAAAUCAACUGCACACGAAAAUUUCAAUUAAGGAAAGAAUUCCACUCGGAUGCUCCAGAUGAGUCUACACCACAGCCAGGGGAUCCAAAUGAGGCACAAGACCUACCGAUCCCUCCAAAAUCACCAACAGAGGAUGACUCUGAAAAUAAAACGUCCACAGAAGCCUUUCAAAAGGAGGCCAUGGACGAGAAGGCCGACAUCACUACACAAGAGCCAGAAGGUUCCUUUGAUUUUUCACAUGAAGACAGCCUUCGGGGAGAAAAUGACACCAACAGUGUGACUGACACCUACACUCCUGGGGAACUGGACCACACUGCUGGAUCUGGGAUGUCACCACCUGUCACUCAGAAGGAGGAAACUUCUACAGUGACCCCUGUUGGAAGGCCGGAAGACACACAGGAGAACAGUGAUUCAGAACUGAAUGGAGUGAAAACACAGGAUAAAGAAACUGUGGGUAAGGGACGUUCUCUGCUGCCCGAUGGCGCUGACGAAAAGAAGAGAGGAAAUUCAGACUGGCUGGUGGUUGUUGGAGUGAUUGUGGGAGUCUCAGCCAUUCUUCUUGUGUGUUUGGCCUUCGUAAAACGAAAAAGCUUCUGCAGCAGGCAAAAAACCCUCAUGAUCACAUCCAAAGAUGGCAGUGAGGGCAACGGGGCAGCAACAGCAGCAGCCUCGGUGGCUUCCAGCUCUCUCAACCAGGACAGAGACCAGGAAAUGGUGACACUCAUGAACAAAGAGACGCUUCAGGAGAACGGUAACACUGAGGAGUUCACUGUCAUCAAGCUAGAGGAGUCGCCAGAUAAAGACAAGCAGGCGUGAGGGUUGGAGGUGGUGGAAGGUGCAGGCACGGUGGCAGACAAAUCAGGACUGAAGCUCUAAACUUGAGGUUUUAAAUUGCUUUUGGUUCCCAGCCCUGAAUGCACGAUGAGUAAGAGUGAGUCUGUUGUACUUUCAGUGUUUGCCUAAUGCAGGCUGAACAUCUGGAAUUAAAGAUGUUGCUUCUUUACUGGAUCUGAUCAAAUCAGCAAGGGCAACACUUUAAAAAAAAUAAAAAUCUACUUUCUGAGUUUGAAAAAAAAAAUCAUAUCUGUUUAAUAAAUGUAUUAUUAUUUGCAUUAGGUAGACAGCUAUAUGGUAAGAUGAAGGUUAAUUUACAAACAACACGUUUGUUACACCUUUGAAAGUUUUUAUUAUUUCAUGAAUUUAGUGGAUUUUUUUUAUUAUUUUUCCACACCAUCUGGGAACUAAUCAGUUAGAUUUUUUUAAAAAUAUAUAUAUUUGACUCCAAAUUCUCAACAAUCAUGCUAAUUAAUGUGCUGUUUUGUUUUAUAUAUUUUUGGUUUAAUCUGUGUAAAUUCCAGAGUUUGCCUUCAGACUCAGUUUUUUAAUUUUUCAAAAGAAAACCUACAAACAUCACUAUCACAUGUAAUGUAAUUUUAACUCUUGUUCUCUGUAUAUAACGGUUAAAAUGUAGUUUUUUGUCAUUUUUGUUAUAGGAAGGACACCUUUUUUUUUUAAACAAAGGAAGAUUGAUUUGUUUUCUGCAUUUAUUUUGAAAAGGUUAAAGUGUAAAGUGUGCUGCAUUAAUAAACCUGCUGUAUAGUUUUCACAAUUCUUCUUUUAAAAACUAUACAACAAAUACGUUCAUAUUUUAGUGGGUUGUGAAUAUUCAACAGAUAACAUCCUGAAAAUAAAAAUAUGGUAAGGAUCUUCAUCUGAUCUGUAGAGAGAGAGAAAAGUGAAAAAAAAAGGAUACAUAGAGAUGAAGAAACAUCUUUUGCACAUGAAUCAUUCCUUGGUGAGAGUAAAGUGUUUGACAUGUAAGUGAAGAACAGUUACUUCUGGGUUCCAGAAGACUGUUUGUAUUGUCAAAAGGCUUCUAUGUGAGAAAGAACAUGUGACAGCAGUGUCUGUAUGACUGCGUGCGAGUGUCAGCGAAGGGAAUGAAUUCAGUUUGUGUAAUUUUGUGUACAACUUGCUCUUCGUGUUUAAACACGUUUUUAAGAAAAAAAAAACUGCAUUAACUCUCCGGCUUUGAUAAAUUGUACACUGUGUCAUGCGUUCCGCCAUUCUGUCAUCACAUAUCCUAUGUAUUUCUUGUACGUUUUAAUUUUUUUUCUUUUCUUAAAAAAUAUAAACUAGCUUUUUGCCUUGCAGAAAAACACAGAUUGUAGUAGUGUAGUCAGGUUUGAUUAUGCAUUCAUUAACAAAGAGAGGUUGCUGAAAAGAAUUUGUAAACUCAUGACAAAAAUAAAUGUGUACAGACAAAG